CCCGGGCUUCAAAUAUAUUAUUGGAUUAUUCUCAACUUGAGCAAAUAAGCUACUGUAUGGAGACAAAAACACCACUGAUCAUCUUCCCUUAAAUCAAAAUCUUUGCAUUUAAUGCAUAGGUUUUCUUCCUCCAAUUUAUUCCACAAAAGAAAUAGCAUAAUGUCCAUCUUCAUCGCUCUCUCCCUUCUCCCUCCCCUCCAUCUCUUCCUCUAUGUUGCUGCUACUGAAGAUUACUUGCUGCCAUACAGCCCCACUGAUCAAAUACUCCUUAACUGUGGUGCAUCCUCUAAUUUGACAUCUCCAGAUGGUCGUAGUUGGGAUGGUGAUUCCCAGUCUAAGUUUGCUGCCUCUAAUCCCCCAGAAGCCUCAUCUGUGUUUGCAGCCUCCACUCAAGGCCCCUCUGGCGACCAAGUCCCAUACAUGACAGCCCGUAUUUUUCACUCUAAAUUCACUUACACAUUUCCGGUCUUGCCUGGCCCAAAAUUUGUGCGUCUCUACUUUUAUCGAGCUUCUUACUCAAAUCUUGAUAUAUCCACAUCCUAUUUCUCGCUUAGUGCCAACAACUACAAGCUACUAGACAACUUUAGUGCCUCUCUUACUGUUUCUGCUACAAUACCUCCAGUGGACUCCUUCACCAAAGAGUUCAUCAUCACCGUGUGGGACAAACAGAAGCUUGAAUUAACCUUCGCUCCGUCUCCAGCGUCUUUUGCCUUCAUUAAUGGUAUCGAAAUCGUUUCCAUGCCAGACAGCUUCUAUGCUCGUGGCAAUGAUAAUUCACUGACCUAUGUGGGCACCGCCCCCUUCUCUCUGUAUAACACAACUGCGCUUGAGACAAUUUAUCGACUGAAUGUCGGGGGGCAAGAUAUCAGCAGCACAAGGGAUACGGGCAUGUACAGGACAUGGCAUCAAGAUUUAGAGUAUCUCAUUGGACAAUCUGGAAACACUCCAUAUCUCCCAGGCGUUAAGAUAAAGUACACAACCAAAACGCCAGCUUACUCCGCACCUGUUAUGGUAUAUAGUACUAUGCGUUCAAUGGGUCCUGAACCACGUCUUAACAUGAAUUACAAUCUCACGUGGAUCUUCCCAGUUGAUGCUGGUUUCCUUUAUCUCCUUAGACUCCACUUUUGUGAGACUCGAAUGGAGUUCAAAAAUGAAAAUCAACAGGUAUUUUUAAUAUUCAUCAACAAUCAAACAGCAGCGUAUGAUGCAGAUGUGAUCCAUAUGAGCGGGGGCAACGGCAUUCCAGUUUACAAAGACUACAUCGUGCUGGUCCCUCAAGGGAGCCAGAGCAAGCAGGACUUGUGGCUCGAACUACACCCUAACAUGGAACUGAAACCUACUUAUGCUGAUGCAAUCUUGAAUGGCUUGGAAAUAUUCAAGCUGAAUACAACAGACGGAAAUCUUGCAGGAUUCAACCCUGAGCCAACAGUGGCUCCUCCACCAGCAGAACAACAUCCAGAGAGAAGAACGGGCAAAAGAUCAUCAAUAAUUAUGGUUAUAGGCAUCGUUGGAGGUUCCAUAGGCACAGUAUUUGCUUGCUCUCUUAUUCUUUAUUUCUUUGCUUUCAAGCAGAAGCGAGUCAAGGACCCUAGCAAGAGUGAGGAAAAAUCCUCCUGGACUAUUAUAUCACAAACAUCUAAGUCCACGACUACAAUCUCUUCAUCACUACCUACUAAUCUUUGCCGACGGUUUACAUUUUUCGAAAUCAACGAAGCAACAGAUAACUUUGAUGAUCAAAAUAUUAUUGGUUCAGGGGGAUUUGGUACUGUGUAUAAAGGAUACAUUGAAUACGGUGCAGUAGCCAUCAAACGACUAGAUUCAUCAUCAAAGCAAGGGACACGUGAGUUCCAGACAGAGAUUGAGAUGUUAUCCAAUCUUCGCCACCUCCAUCUAGUGUCACUGAUUGGGUACUGUGAUGAUCAUGACGAGAUGAUCCUUGUAUACGAUUACAUGUCAAGAGGCACCCUUAGAGAACAUCUAUACAAAACAAAGAACUCUCCUCUUCCAUGGAAGCAAAGGCUAGAAAUAUGCAUCGGUGCUGCAAAAGGGUUGCAUUAUCUUCAUUCAGGAGCAAAGCACACAAUCAUUCACCGUGAUGUGAAGUCAACAAACAUAUUGUUAGAUGAGAAUUGGGUGGCUAAGGUUUCAGAUUUUGGGCUGUCCAGAUUGGGUCCCACUAGUACAUCCCAAACCCAUGUUAGCACUGUAGUUAGAGGUAGCAUUGGAUAUGUGGAUCCAGAGUACUACCGUAGGCAACACCUAACAGAGAAAUCUGAUGUUUAUUCAUUCGGUGUGGUUUUGUUUGAGGUGCUAUGUGCAAGGCCACCAGUGAUUCCAAGUUCACCGAAAGAGCAAGCAAGCUUAGCUGAGUGGGCACGAAGAUGUUACCAAAGAGGAACCCUUGAUCAGAUCGUGGAUAAGGGCGAGGUUGCCCCUGUCUCUUUAAAUAAGUUUGCAGAGAUUGCUAACAGUUGCUUACAUGGCCAAGGAAUUGAACGCCCUAAAAUGGGUGAUGUCGUUUGGGGCCUUGAAUUUGCAUUGCAGCUUCAACAAACUGCUGAGAAAAAUGCCAACAGUGUAAUGGUCCUAAUUUGCAAAAUAAAAAGUCAUUAA